CAGAACCCGACUGCGGCAUCUUCCCAGGUUCCACCGCCGCCGGCUGCUGCAGCUGUCUCGGCCCUCCUUGCCCGGCUGCGUCCCUGCCCUCCGCCUUGUGCCCCCGCCGCGGGGCUUCGCGACGCCCGGGCCCGGGCCACGGGCCGCAGCGCCGGGCUGGCGAUGAGCGCGAGGAGCCAGCAUGAGCGCAGACAGCAGCCCUCUCGUGGGCAACACGCCCGCCAGUUAUGGGACCCUGACGAUAGAGACAUCUCUAGAUCCCCUCAGCUCCUCAGUUUCAUCCGUGAGGCUCAGCGGCUACUGUGGCAGUCCAUGGAGGGUUAUAGGCUAUCACGUCGUGGUCUGGAUGAUGGCAGGGAUCCCUUUGCUGCUGUUCCGGUGGAAGCCGGCAUGGGGGGUGCGGCUGCGGCUCCAGCGGUGCAACCUGGCCCGCGCCGAAACACUCGUCAUCGAAAUAAGAGACAAAGAGGAUAGUUCAUGGCAGCUCUACACUGUCCAGGUGCAGACCGAGGCCAUCAGCGAGGGCAGCCUGGGGCUGCCCCCACAGGCCCAGGCAGAGGACGGCCAGAGCCAGGCCGCUGUGGGGGCAGUGCCAGAGGGUACAUGGAAGGACACCGCCCAGCUGACCAGGAAUGAAGAGGCGAUGCGUGGACAGCAGGUGCUGCGGUACUACCUCUUCCAGGGCCGGCGCUACGUCUGGAUCGAGACCCAGCAGGCCUUCUGCCAAGUCGGCCUGCUGGACCAAGGCCGUACCUGUGACGACAUCCACCACUCCCGCUCCGGCCUCUGCCUCCAGGACCAAACUGUAAGGAAGACCAUCUACGGCCCCAACGUGAUCAGUGUACCGGUCAAGUCCUAUCCCCAGCUGCUGGUGGAUGAGGCACUGAACCCCUACUAUGGGUUCCAGGCCUUCAGCAUCGGGCUGUGGCUGGCAGACCACUACUACUGGUAUGCCCUGUGCAUCUUCCUCAUCUCCUCUGUCUCUAUCUGCCUGUCACUGUACAGGACCAAAAAGCAAAGCCAGACCCUGAGGGACAUGGUCAAGCUGUCUGUGCGGGUGUGCGUGUGCCGGCCUGGGGGAGAGGAGUGGGUUGACUCCAGUGAGCUGGUGCCCGGAGACUGCCUGGUGCUGCCCCAGGAGGGUGGGCCGAUGCCCUGCGACGCUGCCCUGGUGGCCGGUGAAUGCAUGGUCAACGAGAACUCCCUGACAGGGGAGAGCGUUCCAGUGCUAAAGACAGCCCUGCCGGAGGGGCUGGCGCCCUACUGCCCAGAGACCCACCGGCGGCACACACUGUUCUGUGGGACGCUCAUCUUGCAAGCCCGGGCCUUCGUAGGACCCCACGUCCUGGCAGUGGUGACCCGGACAGGGUUUUGCACAGCUAAAGGGGGCCUGGUGAGCUCCAUCUUGCAUCCCCGGCCUGUCACCUUCAAGUUCUACAAACACAGCAUGAAGUUUGUGGCUGCCCUCUCUGUCCUGGCUCUCCUCGGCACCAUCUACAGCAUCUUCAUCCUGUAUCGCAACCGGGUGCCUGUGAACGAGAUUGUGGUCCGGGCUCUGGACCUGGUGACGGUCGUGGUGCCGCCCGCCCUGCCAGCUGCCAUGACCGUGUGCACACUCUACGCCCAGAGCCGGCUGCGGAGCCAAGGCAUCUUCUGCAUCCACCCGCUGCGCAUCAACCUGGGGGGCAAGCUCCAGCUGGUGUGCUUUGACAAGACAGGCACCCUCACUGAGGAUGGCUUGGAUGUGAUGGGUGUGGUGCCCCUGCAGGGGCAGGCCUUCCUGCCAUUGGUCCCAGAGCCCCGUCUCCUGCCCAUGGGGCCCCUGCUCCGAGCACUGGCCACCUGCCACGCCCUCAGCCGGCUCCAGGACACCCCAGUGGGCGACCCCAUGGACCUCAAGAUGGUGGAAUCUACUGGCUGGGUUCUGGAGGAGGGGCCAGCUACAGACUCGGCAUUUGGGACCCAGGUCUUGGCAGUGAUGAGACCCCCGGUUCAGGAGCCCCAGUUUCCGGGCAUGGAGGAGCCCCCACUGCCAGUCAGCAUCCUCUGCCGCUUCCCCUUCUCAUCUGCCCUGCAGCGCAUGAACGUGGUGGUGGCCUGGCUAGGGGCUGCUCAGCCUGAGGCCUACAUCAAAGGCUCCCCUGAGUUGGUGGCAGGCCUUUGCAACCCCAAGACAGUGCCCACCAACUUUGCCCAGAUGCUGCAGAGCUACACAGCCGCUGGCUACCGCGUCGUGGCCCUCGCUGGCAAGCCUCUGCCCAUCGCACCCAGCCUGGAAGCAGCUCAGCAACUGACCAGGGACACCGUGGAACAGGAACUGAGCCUCCUGGGGCUGCUGGUCAUGAGGAACCUGCUGAAGCCACAGACGGCACCAGUCAUCCAGGCUCUGAGGAGGACCCGCAUCCGCACCGUCAUGGUGACAGGGGACAACCUGCAGACGGCGGUCACUGUGGCCCAGAACUGUGGCAUGGUGGCCCCCCAGGAGCGUCUGGUCAUUAUCCAUGCCACGCCCCCUGAGGGGGGCCAGCCCGCCUCCCUCGAGUUCCUGCCAGUGGAGUCCUCUGCAGCCAUGAACGGGGCUAAGGAUCCUGACCAGGCCGCAAACUACACCAUGGAGCCAGACCCCCGAUCCAGCCACCUAGCCCUCAGUGGGUCCACCUUUGCUGUCCUCAUGAAGUACUUCCCCAGGCUACUGCCCAAGGUCCUGGUCCAGGGCACUGUCUUUGCCCGCAUGGCUCCUGAGCAGAAGGCGGAACUGGUGUGCGAGCUGCAGAAGCUUCAACACGAAGGUGCCUCACAAGCUCAGAGCCAGGCCGUGCAUCUGGGCCACGCCUGCCCACUCCUCUGUGUCAGGUACUGUGUGGGCAUGUGCGGGGACGGUGCCAAUGACUGCGGGGCCCUGAAGGCGGCGGACGUGGGCAUCUCACUCUCUCAGACCGAGGCCUCGGUGGUCUCACCCUUCACCUCGAGCGUGGCCAGCAUUGAGUGUGUGCCCAUGGUCAUCAGGGAAGGCCGCUGUUCCCUCGACACGUCCUUCAGUGUCUUCAAGUACAUGGCCCUGUACAGCCUGACCCAGUUCAUCUCUGUCCUGAUCCUCUACACGAUCAAUACCAACCUAGGCGACUUGCAGUUCUUGGCCAUCGACCUGGUCAUCACCACCACAGUGGCCGUGCUCAUGAGCCGCACGGGGCCAGCACUGGUGCUGGGGCAGGCGCGGCCACCAGGGUCACUGCUCAGCAUGCCUGUGCUGAGCAGCCUGCUGCUGCAGGUGGCCCUGGUGGCCAGUGUGCAGCUAGGGGGCUACUUCCUGACUGUGGCCCAGCCGUGGUUCGUGCCUCUGAACAGGACGGUGCCCGCACCGGACAACCUGCCCAACUAUGAGAACACGGUGGUCUUCUCUCUGUCCAGCUUCCAGUACCUCAUCCUGGCUGCAGCUGUGUCCAAGGGGGCGCCCUUUCGCCAGCCGCUGUACACCAACGUGCCCUUCCUGGUGGCCCUGGCACUCUUGGGCUCCAUCCUGGUGGGCCUCCUCCUGGUCCCCGGCCUCCUGCGGGGGCCACUGGCUCUGAGAAACAUCACUGACACCUGCUUCAAGCUGCUGCUGCUGGGCCUGGUUGCCUUCAACUUCGUGGGGGCCUUCAUGCUGGAGAGCGUGCUGGACCAGUGCCUCCCAGCCUGCCUGCGGUGGCUCAGGCCCAAACGGGCCUCCAAGAAGCGUUUCAAACAGCUGGAGCAGGAGCUGGCCGAGCAGCCCUGGCCACCACCCCCCCAGCCCAGGAGGUAGUGUACCCUGUCUGGAACACUGGACACUGGAUCUUCCUGCCUCUGAGCCACUGACUGGGCCCCGUCUCCAGAGACACCACCACCAUCACUCCCACAGCCCUGAGGUUGGCGGUUGUCACAGUCCUGCUCCAAGUCUGCUUGGCCCAGCCUUGCUUGCCCCACCUGGGGAAAUGCUAACUGCUAUUGUCCCUUCUUCAGACAUCCCACAUAGAGACAGCAGCCACCAACCCAACUCAUAGCUGCUGUCAGUGUAGCAAAUAAAGUCACUAUUUUCCUGGCUCA